AUGACAUUUUCCACGACCUUGGAGCUCCCGGUCCAUGAUAAUAAGGGGAUGUACACCACCCCCAUCAACUGUGGUGUCUUCGGAGUUAGAUUCUAUAGGAGCCUUUUUCGAAUUGAUUCGUUCUCGAUCGUUAAAGACGCAAAAAUGGGUCACUCUGGUGGUAUUCGUUCCGGUACUAGAUAUGCCUUCUCUCGCGACUUCCGCAAGAAGGGUAUGAUCGCUUUGUCUACCUACCUCAAGGUUUACAGAGUCGGUGACAUCGUCGACAUUAAGGCCAACGGUGCCGUCCAGAAGGGUAUGCCCCACAAGGUCUACCACGGAAAGACUGGUGUCGUCUACAACGUCACCAAGUCCGCCCUCGGUGUCAUCAUCUACAAGAAGGUCGGCAACCGCUUUAUCGAGAAGCGCGUGAACGUUCGCAUCGAGCACGUCAACCACUCCAAGUGCAGAACCGAGUUCGUCAACCGUGUCAAGGCCAACGCUGAGAAGAAGCGCCAGGCCAGGGAACAGGGCACCCACAUUCACUUGAAGAGGCAGCCCGUCCAGCCCCGUGAGGAGCGCACCGUCUGCGCCAAGGACAACCUUCCCGAGACCGUUACCCCCAUCCCAUACGAGACCACUAUCUAA